UUUUUUUACAGACAAUUCCAGUUCCUUUCAGGAACUCAGACGCCUGAUGCCGCGCAGUAUCAAUGACCUCUUGUUCGGCCCUAGCUCCGACGAGGAAAGCGGAGGAGACUACGCCGACUACAGCGGAAGCAGCGACAGUGACGAUGACGGAAGUGAGAGCGACAGCGAGAUCGCACGUGAGAUUGAUCACCGCGCCGCGGCGUCGGUAGUCAAUCUCACGUUGCCGCCCACCAAUAGGCCCAACUCGUUCCAGCCCAUCGCAGCCGCAGAAAACGACGACGAUGAAGUGCAGAUUUUAUCCGCGGCGGAGGCUGCCGCAGAGGUGGCAGCUGCUGCUCGAAGGGCGUUGGAAGACCCCAAUGCAUCGCGCAAACGCAAGCGCCCAGUGGUAGAGACGAAACCGGAGCCGACAGAAUGCACAAUCUGCUGCGAGGACUGCACGAUCGUAGGGCACCAUCGCCUCGUGGCACUUAAGUGUGGCCAUUUGUUCGGAAGGAAAUGCAUCGAGCGCUGGAUCAGCGAGAAGCAAACGUGUCCGAACUGCAGUGCAAUAGUGCGGCGCACAGACAUUUGUUUAUUGUUCUCAGAUCACGUGGCGGUGGUGGACAAUGCUGGACUACAAGAAAUGACCACCAAAUUCGAAGAAGAAAAGAAAAAGAGCACCAAACUGGAGAAGGAGGUAGCAGGACUCAAGAAACAAUUGCAGGCGAGGGCAAAAGAGACCACGCGCCUAAAUGCCGAGUUGAUCAAGUUUAAGAAAGCCAUCGCGGAUAUGCAGUGUAAGGCAGCGCAAGAGCGGCUCUCCAGUUCUGUUGCAUUCAGUAGAAGUGGUUUAGCACUACCUCCCGGAGUGGCUGGUGGGAGCGCUGUGUCGCCGUCAAGACAAGCUGCAGGUCAAGUCACUAUGUCGCCUGCUGUCUCCCACCCACAUCCACCGUCGGAGCUUGGAAAUUCUUCAUUCGCUGCAGCAAUACGCAAGUACAAGCCAAUAUUUGGCGUGCCUUUAUUAGGUGCACGUGUGUUCAGUAUCGCCCGGUCGUGCAGAUUUCUGUGUGUUGGUGAUAAAAUCGCUCAAGAUUCUUAUGGUAUAUUAAUGCUGAGUUCUCAAGACCCGACGCUGGGGGUUCGACUACCCGUUCACAGCUCAGACGUACGCGACAUCAGCAUUCACUCCUCCGAAAAGUUUGUACUCACUGUGGCAUUCGAUGGCAAACUGGCUAUGACUAGUCUUCAAGAUAAAAAGGUGGCGCUGCAGAUUGUGCUUCCUUCCGGCAGGCGGCAAGGUUGGUCGUGCACCUUCAGCGACUCAGAUCCCUAUGCAAUGUAUUGCGGAUUUCAAGACGGCAGUGUGGCCAAAUACGACUAUCGAAAGCCAAGUGCUGGUGACCAAGGCAUCGUCAAAAGUUUUGCGCUCCCGCAACGGCAACCAGUGCACUCAAUUAAGUUAUUCAAGACUCCCGAAGGUACCGAGGGUCUAGUAGCAGCGACAUUCCGCGGACUGUCAGUGUGGAGAAAUGUUGCAGACGCAAAUGCCGGCGAUGGGUCGGUUGGAGCCGCACCUUUUUCGCAAGUUCCAAGUGAUCAAGCGUGCUUUUCGCUUGCGUCGAACCAGCUACAUUCCAACCAAGUGGUGGUUUCGUCACGGUCAUCACCAAUGAAGCACAGUGUGUUCGACUUGCGCACUGUUGGGCUUGGCAGGCUUUCGCCAAGAAUGGAGGUGGUUGGGCACAAGGCACCGUCGGUCUUGUCUCGCUCAGCGAUGUGGUCGGAAGUGGAUGGCUCCUCGGUGGUGGCGUCGUGGUCUCAUGAUGUGGAGGGCGUGACGAUGUGGAACGUCGCCACUCAACAAGAGGUAAGCGGUCCGAAACCCACGUUCCUGAGUGUGGCAAGCGCUGCUAUGCCGGUGGUGGACAUCCAACAUGCCGUGGCUCAGAACAGUUGGAGCUCUGGUGCUGCGCUCUUCGGCACGAUGACAGCUCGGCAGUUGUGCGUGUAUGGCUCAGGUGGGUGGGCAGCUUGAUCUGGUGUCUGUAGCGAUGAUACGAGUACAUGUAGUACAUGUACAUGUAUGGACGAUGCCGUGGAGCCCGUGAUGACUACAUCUUGCUAAUCGUAGCCCUUAAGUUUGACUUGUGCUGAGUAUACCAGCACAAAAAUGGUAAUGUUACAUGUAGCCAUCCAUUCGCUCAAGUGGGUACAUUUAGGAGCGGGAACACAAUGUAGCAACGCGUAAGUUCCCCCCCACGAAAGGAGCCCAUGAGCAGCGCCACAGUUUUUAAAUGCUCAUGUAGGAGUGGAUGGGUAGAAAUGCAGUGCGCUGAAGUCAUUUGACCAACGCUGUGCAAAUAUCUUCAACAAAUUAUUGACUGAUACCGGACUGGUGAAGCAAUGCACUACAAUAGUCAAAAUAAACACACCACGCGCCAUAUCAUGCCGCUCUCACCU